UUUUUUCCUUUUUUUUAAAGAUGGAAAGCCACACAAUUAUCCCUUCAAUUAAUCCCCCGAUAUUAAAAACUAAUUGGAAAUCUAUUUAUAUUGUUGCUAUUGUUGCAUUUAUUGCUGCAUUAGAAUUUGCAGCGAGUAAUGAUUGGAAUUAUUUUUGUCAAUUGGACCCUUCUGCCACAAUUACUUUUUAUGGUAUUUUGCGUACGGUUGGGGGGUUGAGUGGGGGGAUUUCGACGAUAUUGGCUGGUUGGUUAUGUAAUCGAUUGAAAGACACGAGGUGCUUAAAUUUAUUUAAAAAUAUUUUAUAUUAA